AUGAGUAAUAAAAAAUCCAUCAUGAUUCGCGGCGAGGCUUUAGCACCGAUGUUGGUGUGUGGCUUUGAAGUUGUUUCGACUCCAAACUAUCAAAUUGGCAAUCCAGAUAUGAGCAGUAAACUUGACAUGCAAGUACAAUCUCACCAAAAUAUGCCUCCGCGAUCAACGAUACCGCAAUCGCGAGAACAAAUACAGCAACAACUAAAUCACAAUACAAUAAACACAAGUUGUCCUGUUUUAUUCCCAAUCAAUUCAAAUUCCAAGACGGUCAACACAAAUCGUGGCAACGAACCUGCCUUACUCCCAAUUAUGUCACUCAACCCGUAUCAAAAUAAAUGGACAAUAAAAGCACGAGUGAUAAAGAAAUCCGAGAUUAGAACAUUCGUUAAUCAACGUGGCGAGGGAAAAAUAUUCAGCUUUAAUAUCAUGGACGACUCGGGCGAGAUUAAAGUUGUCUGUUUUACGGAAGCCUGCGAAAAAUUUUACAAUGUAAUUGAGGAGAAUAACGUGUACAUGAUCAGUAAUGCUAAAAUCCAAACUUCAAGAGCUAAAACGUCUGAUAUACAUGAUAUACACAACGAUUACGAAAUCCAUUUGGAAAAAAAUGCAAAAGUUACUUUAUGCCAAGAAGAAUGGGUACCGAAUAUCAAGUAUAAAUUUAUCAAAUUGAAUCGAUUAAAUGAGUUCAAUAAAGAUGACGUGAUUGAUGUCAUUGGAGUAAUUAUGGAAGAUAAUGGUGUCUCACAGUUCUUAUCCAAAAAAGGGCAAAAAUAUCUAAGUAAACGAGAGCUUGUACUGGUAGAUGAAACCUUCACUUCGGUAAAACUAGCACUUUGGGGGAAAUCAGCCGAGGAGUUCCAGGUAGAGAACAGCUCAGUUAUCGCGAUCAGGAAGGCUCGGGUCGGAGAUUUUCAAGGUCGCAAUCUUUCAGUGUACGCUAAUAGUUUCGUUCAAAUCAACCCUGAUAUUGACGAAGCAAAAACUUUACACAGAUGGUUUUCCUCACUUGAAAAUGACGAAACUUUCCACCCUCUUUCUAACUCCACGGGAGUUUCCAUUUCUUUCGAAAAUUUGCCCAGGAAAACGAUUUCACAAGUUGUAAGUGACCCUGCUUUAGGCAGACACAACAAGGCGGAUUAUUUUUCGGUUGUAGGUACCAUUGUUUUCGUCAACGAGAAAAGUACUUGGUGUUAUCCAGCAUGCCCAAAUUGCAAAAAGAAAGUAAUCGAUAACGGAGACGGUUCUUGGUUCUGUGAGAAAUGUCGAGGAACUAUACGACGACCAGACUACCGAUAUAUUUUUACUGUUGGAGUACUAGAUCAUAGUGGUCUUAUUUGGGUCUCCGCUUUCCAUGAAAUCGCCUUGAAACUUCUUGGCAUCGAAGCUAAUGAACUGCAUGAAAUGGAAGAGAGUGAUUAUGAUAAGUUUGAAGCGACUUUCAAGUCAAUGCGAUUCAAGUCCUUUGUGUUUUCGUGUCGCGCGAAAAGUGAGUACUACCAGGAUACUGAAAGGAUGAAGUACACCUUUGUUGAGGUUCAGCCGCUUAAUUAUGUCGAGGAGGGAUAUGAUUUAAUUCAACGGAUAAACAAAUUUACUAACUGA